AAACUCCUACUACAACCUACACGCCAUACGCGGUACACUAUCUCUCGAAGCAACCUCGAGCUUCUUCUUCUCUUUAAAUUCAUUCCUUUUACAGAUCCCUUUUUUUUCUUCUUCAAAUCUCUUCCAAUGGUGCCUCCAAAUUCCCAACAAAUCCAGCAAUUCCUCAGCAGUGUUCUCUCUCAGCGUGGUCCUUCUGCACUUCCUUAUACUGAAGAUGUCAAAUGGUUGAUCCGUCAACAUCUGCUUUCUUUAAUCGACAUUUAUCCUUCACUUCAGCCGAAAACAGCUUCUUUCACUCAUAAUGAUGGACGUACUGUCAAUCUAUUGCAGGCUGUAGGUACUGUUCCGAUGGUUUAUUUGAAUAUUACGUAUAAUAUUCCGGUGAUUAUUUGGUUAAUGGAAUCUUACCCACGUCAUCCGCCUUUGGUUUUUGUGAAUCCGACAAGGGAUAUGGUUGUUAAACGAUCUCAUCCGUUUGUGAAUCCAUCUGGGGUUGUGUCGAUUCCUUAUUUGCAGAAUUGGAUAUACCCUAGUUCGAAUCUUACUGAAUUGGUUCGUAAUUUGAGUCAUUUUUUUGGACGGGAUCCUCCGCUUUAUGCGAAAGUACAAGCACCUCCAUCAAACCCUAACCCUAGUCCUAGACCUAGUCCUAACCCUCAUCCUCCGCCAAGUACGAGUUUUUCUAAUCACAAUUCGCCAGUUGGGUCAUCUGGAAUCCGACCCGCAAUACCUCCUCGGGCAUAUCAACCACCACCCUAUGGUGAAGUGAAAACGGAUAAUCCGGAGGAGGUUUAUAGGCGGAACGCGAUAGAUAUGCUGGUUGUUAGCUUGCAUAAGGAUAUAGUAGGGUUGAAGGAAACACAGGAGAAGGAUGUGGAUGGGUUGGUUAAUGCUCAGGGAGUAUUGAAGCAGCGAGAGAAGCAGUUGAAACAGGGUUUAAAGGAAAUGCAGGAUGAGAAAGAGGGGCUGGAGCAGCAAUUACAGAUGGUUCUGAUGAAUAGUGAUGUAUUAGAGGGAUGGCUGAGGGAAAAUGAGGGGAAAGUGACCAGUUUAGGGAAUGUGGAUGUGGAUACAGCGUUUGAGCCCUGUGAUGAUCUUUCCAAGCAGAUGCUAGAUUGCACGGCAUCAGAUUUGGCUUUAGAAGAUGUGAUUUAUUCGUUGGACAAAGCCAUACAGGGUGGGGCAAUACCAUUUGACCAGUACUUGAGGAACAUAAGGUUGUUAUCGCGCGAGCAAUUCUUUCAUCGCGCUACAGCAUCAAAAGUUAGGGCUGCUCAGAUGCAAGCUCAAGUUGCUAAUAUGGCUGCUAGAACAUCACCAUAUGCAUUGUGAUAGACAUCUUAAUCACUUGCAGUCGUGUUCACAACAGACUGGAAGUCAAUAUAUUUUCAGGUUGGUUACUUGUGAAUAAUCUGUCAAUGUGCUAUAUCUUUACCAAUAGAAUUUGACACUACAUUUUGGCAUAGGUGUUUAAUUGGUAUUUAUUGGUUGUAUCAUUUUGUUACCAAAGUAUAAUUACAUUGAAGGGAUUUCCCCUACAAUGAUAUUACGGUUUUCAUUUCUGUCAAGUCAUUUGAAGUUUCUAUGGGAUUGAGAUUUUGGACCAACAAUUAGUGUUCUGUCACUCUCCCAGAAAUGAGUAGUAAGAGGUUCCAACUCUUUCGUCUUCUCCCUUAGUCUCUGCAGUUGGGCGGUUUUUAGGAUGGAUGUCUAUACCGAGUAAUCAUUUUAAAUUGCAGUUGUAGGACUUUUAAUAAUGAAUGAUUUAAUAAGGUACAUAUAUAGUGAUCAACAUUCUGUUCAAAUACAUAUGUAUAUUUUCUCCUUCUAAUGCUAUUUGUUUAAACAUGGAGUUUGAAGAUGUGCGACUUAUAUAGUAAGUGAUAGUGGAAGAAAAUGCUACGGCAAUAGUUGAGAAGUUAGUUGAAUAUAAAAUUUGAAAUAGCUUACUGAAUCCGGUUUAUUGAAAGUUGCAGAGAAAUAGAAUGAUAUCAAAAUUUUGAAACGUUCCAAAAUAUGAAAAAUGUCAUAUGAAUUGGAAUAGUGUGAGUGUUUGGAACUACAAUUCUUGCUUUCUAGUGUAUUGGAGCAUGGAGUGACAUAAGUAUCGUUCAGGAGAACAAUAAGUACCCAAUCAAACUUGUCCCGAAUUUUCAGUUACACACCUGUGCUCGGUAGGAUCCUCCUAUUAACCUUACAUUCAAUGCUUUUGUGGUGCCUAAUGAGGACCUGCUGCUUGGACUCUUCAAAAAUAUCGACGGGUGCGUGUUGGAUCCUCCAAAGUGGUGCAUUAUUGGAAAAUCCGACACGGGUUUGGAAACUUUUUGGAGAGUCUAAGCAACAUAGCUUGCAAUUGCUAAUGAUUAGAAUGACUUGUGGUGGUGUAGUAUUCUUUGUAUGGUUGAUGAAUUUGGCUUCAAGUUGAGGGUGUAUGGAGUGGAGGAUCUUUUGAAAAGAUUAAGUUAUGACCAUUUCACGUGGAAAAUGGAAUCCGAAGAAUGCUAGGGUUAUAACUUUUAUUGGAAUACGUCUUCGGCAUUUUGAUCUAGAAGACUUGAGAUUAAGUCAGGUGAGAUCUGAAGAAUGCUAGGUUUGUAACUUUUAUUGGAAUAUGUCCCAUGCAUUUUGAUCUAGAAGACUUGAGAUUAAGUCAGGUGAGGUCUGAAGAAUGCUAGGGUUGUUACUUUAAUUGGAAUAUGUCCCAGGCAUUUUGAUCUAGAAGACUUGAGAUGAAGUCAUGCUCACCGCCAUCGUUCGUUCAAGCUUUGUGGCUCCCACAAAAAUGAUAGAAGCCUGGGAUGCUCUCCAGACAUUAUCUUGAAGUAGAGUCUCGAGUUCUUCAUUUACUGUUGAUUUGCAAACUGCGUAAAAGCAUUGGAUACUUUUGACACAAGUUAUAAAUUGAGUAGAAAAAUUAAGAGAGACAUAUGGUACUUGUUUUGCUUUUUCAUUGGAUGAUGACACUCCCCUCUCAUGCUGUCAUACUAGAAAGUCAUUAUCCAGGUGAAACAUAUACUUGUGACAACAUAUUAGCUUUUGUUGUUGCUCAACGACUGCCUGUUUAUGCCAGUGUUACAUUAUGAUUCUUUUAAAAUAGAUAUGCCACAUAUUAUUUUUAAAAAAUCAUAUCCAGGUGAAACUUAAACUUGAAGACGGUGCUCAUGUUUUUCAUAAAGAACUCAGUUGAUCGGGGUGGAUGUCUGAGCUUGUGCUCUGAUUUUCUAUUUUGUGCGUCUUUUGCUUUCGUUGAUUUUCAAACUUUGUGCACCUCUGUGCCAUGCAAACAUACAUAUCAGCAGUGCAGUUUACUUUUGUUCCUCCAAAAAGAAACAGCAUCCAUCAGUUGAGUCUGUUAAUCCACUUGAUAACACAUGAAUGUACACAUAAACGUCUGUACAUGCAUUGUAUGUGUGUGUGUAUACGCUAAAGCAAAUUAUAGUAUGUUCUUGAAAGUUACUAGUUUCAA